CUACUUUAUGUGACGAGCCACCAAGCAUAGAAAAUGGCACCUUGAUGUCUCCAUGUUUUCCGGUAGUCGGAAGUGUCUGCCAUGUCGCCUGUAACGAAGGCUACAUCGUGAACGGUGCCAAGAGCAUCUCGUGCAAUAAAAUGGUCACUUUAAACGAAUGGUCAUCCCCUGGACAGUGCAUACCUACUGUGAGUACCUGUGGGGAGCUGCCACCACUGACGUUCGGCCAAUGGGAACCCGCCUGCAACAAGACUGUCGGCAGCGUCUGUCAUCCGGUCUGCGACAAGGGGUACGUCGUGCACGGCGCUACGCAGGUCACGUGCAAUGAGCAGCUGCAGUGGUCAAUCUCUGGGGUCUGUGACUUUCCGAUGAAAACGAUCACGAAACCAAACGUAAUCGAAGGAGAAACAUUCAAAGUCGACUGUAGCGCGGAUCUAGCAGGGGUGGCAGCCAGUGUGCUAGGUGUACACAAACUGGAAAUAUUUUGGAGGAAUGGUAGAGGCGCUAUGGAAGUGAAUGGAUAUCACAUGUUUCAAGGCACCUAUUAUCACGGAGGAAAAGCAAAACCACACUGGACAUUCACAAAAGAAGGAACCCUAUUGAUCAAUGAGUUCAUGUGGUUGGAUAGGAGACAAUUUAAGGUUCAGAUCACAAUAACGAACUCUCGCAUCGAAGACAGCGGCCGGUUUUGUUGUGAUUGCAUGUACUACGAUUCAAACCAACACCUUCAAGCCUCCAUGCGAUGCCAAGAAGUGCUAGUUAGUAACAAAUCAAUGCUAGUUCAGAGUUCAGCUAUAAUUGGCCAUCCGGUAAAAGUGGUAUGUGACGCGGAUCUUUCGGGUGUGCCUAAAGAAACGAAAGGCUUGGAGUACCUGGAACUGACUUGGAGAAAUGAGGACCAUCAACGAUUACCGUUGUCUGUGUUUAAAGAAUAUGUCAACAUCUUAGAGGCAACCCACACGGUAAGAAACAUAAUGCUUCCAUCUUCGGAGCACAACUGGUCGAUCAACAGCACCAUGGCGAGACUCCACCCCCACACGUUAAACUUAGACAGGAACUCAAUCACGGUGGAACUCAUCAUCGGUGACUUUAAAACCGACGACGUCGGCAUGUUCUGUUGCAGUGCCAGCUACAUGGACAUGCUGGAUGAAGGCCACUUAACAUACGGCUGCCAGAGCUUGUCCAUGGGUAUUGUGUUCUCAUCCAAUGGAUUCUGCAACGUGCAAGCAAGCAACUAUCUAAUAUUUCUUUCAAUUGCUGGGAUUCUAAAGUUCUACUUGUAAUCUACUGGGACCCGUGUGCAACAGUCAAAAAUUUUUCCAUCGGGUUUUUUUUAAUUAAAUAAAAAAAAAAUAUUCUAACAUCACUUCUAAGUUUAUUUUACUUAACAUCGAACGGCAAA